GGGCCGCGGCCGCGCUGAGGCGAUGGGAGGCGGCGGGGUCGGGCUGCGGCUGGCGCUGUUCGGAGCGCGCCUGGCAGCGACGGCGAGCGCGGGGCAGGGCGGCUCGGGACCCGGCAGCAGGCGCCUCUCCGCCAUGUCUUCACAGUCUCACUGGUUGACAACAGAGGAAAGGACCCAAGUUUUACUUGAGCUCAAAGCUUCAGGAUGGUCUGAGUUGGGAGAAAGAGAUGCCAUCUACAAAGAGUUCAAUUUCAAAACUUUUAAUCAGGGAGUUAAACUGCAUGAAGAACAAAGAGGACAAAUGCAACGCAUCGUGUAAUGUUGAAGAAGUGCAGACUCCAGCUCAAAAUAAGGCUUUUGGAUUUAUGACACGAGUUGCUCUGCAAGCAGAAAAGAUGAAUCAUCAUCCCGAAUGGUUUAAUGUGUACAACAAGGUUCAGAUAACUCUUAUUUCCCAUGACUGUGGAGGACUGACCAAAAGAGAUGUGAAGCUGGCUCAAUUUAUUGACAAGGCGGCUGCUUCUGUGUAAUAACUGAAUGUUGAAAAUAGCAUUGCCUUCGGACUGCUUUAUAUCUGAACCUUAUCAUUCAUUCAGUGAAGGGUUCUACAUUCUAAAUUGCUGCUGCCCCUUGUAGUGUAAAAUGAUUUGUAAUAAGACUAGUUUAGCAGCAGCAUUUUAAAAAAACCAACCAACCAAACUCAUCAACCUUAGUCUGAGAAAACUGCCAAAUCCUUAUACUUAUCAUUACUGGUCACACGUACAAUACAUCAGACAAAGCAACAAAAGUAAUUUUGAACAAUCCUUCCUUAGAAAUUAAAAUAGACUUUUCACAUUAAAAACUCAAACCAGAAAUGUGAUUCACCAUUAUUCCACAAUGGAUAAAAGCCAGAAUGACUGCUGGAAGCCUUCCAGUGAGAUAAGGAUUCUCCAAGCCCCUAGCCUAGUAACCCUGCAGGGAGUAAUAGCACUGGGGUAUUGCCAAGUGAGCGUGCCUUGUUCUUUAUCCCAGCCAGCAGGACAUUUGGUAGCUUUCUUUUUCUCUGUACUCUUGUAUGCAGACACCAAUCAUGGUGAGGUGCUUUUCAGACCUGUCACCUUCCCAAUAGUAGGAUAUUGAGGGCUUGAUCCUGCAAGCUGCUGAGUACCCUGGCCUUUAUCUGUCAAAGCACUCAAGGACAUAUUGAACUUUAAGCACAUGAAUAGACCUGCUGAAGUCACUGGAAAUACUCAUGUACUUGGGUGAAGUGCUUAAAUAUUUUGAUGGAUUGGGGCCAGAGAACUCAAUAUCAAAUCCUUAUUUUGUAAUAGCACUCUCAUAUUUUAUUAAAGCCCAUCUAUAGGAAAGGGGAGUGUGGACUAAGCCAGGUUUCCAUCACUCCAAUAAGUGCUGCCAGCAGUAAAGGAAGCAAUGUUAGCAGGGUUCUCUUGAUAAGGUGGGCAGGGCUAAUCUAAAGUUAGGGUGAACCAUUUUCUUAUAGUUAAAAUAAUUUGUUUGUAAAUCUUGUUCUAAGAGCUACAGAUCCUACCAGCUAGGUUGAAAAUCCAUUUCUCACAACAUCCCAAGGUUAUAAAGUCUCUGGCCUUUAUUCUCACUCAGACAAAAUUCCCACUGAUAGCAGUUGGAGUUCUGCUCAUGUAAGUAUGACAAGAACAGGCCCCUCUCUGCAGUACUAAGUAUACUCAACAUGCACAAUCAAGCCUUUCUAAUAAUUAUGUUGCUGCUUAACGACUGGGUUGAUUGGCACAUUAUAAAUGCCUAGAUACAUAGAUAGAAUGACACCAGAGGCACAAUUAGUAACUACUAAGAAACUAGAUCUAUAUUGAUUCAUGUAAUUGUCAAAGCCUUUUUGUGCAUAUUAGAUUUGCGCUCUCCCAAUACUUUCUGGAUGUAGUGCAGUAGCUGCCAUCCAAAAUAUUCUCAUCAAUAAAUUUGUAAAAUAUGAAGCACAAAAUAAUUAACAUAUGCCGUAUCAUGCACUUAUAGACAGCAGUUGUUGAUAAGAUUUUUGAACCGAGAAGGUUUUUAAGUUAGCAUCCAUAGGCUAUCAAGUUAAAACUAAAGAGAACCAUAUAGGUUUUAUGCUCUCAAAUGCCCAUCCCUUAAAAUAUUUUUGUAUUUGUAUGAAAUUAAGGAUUUCUUUGACAUGAUUUUAAAGUGAUCACUGCUGCAGGGAAUUACUUGAAAAAAUAACUGUUGUCUUUUGUUACCCAUGGAUAAAUAAAUCUGGUCCUGAAGGUUUGACAAAGCCUCUCUAAUAAGCCCUGAAAACUAUUUUUGUUUUUUAGAAAUGAGAUAUUAUGGGAAAGCUUUGGAUAAGAACAAUAAAAUCUAAUUCCUCCUCUGUAA